AGUUGGAUUUGGAACGAAAGCAAAAUGGCUCGAGGACGCAAGAGCAAUAGCAUCAAACAGAGCGACUUCACUAACAGCACCAAUCCUCAGGAUUUAGAGAGAAGACUUUUUGUCGGCAAUUUGCCCACAGACCACAUGACUCGUGAAGAAAUGGAAGAGAUAUUUUCAAAAUAUGGCAAAAUCAGGGCCCUCAGCAUGUACCAUGGCUAUGGGUUCGUGCAGUAUGACCGUCUAGAAGAUGUCCAGGCCGCUCUGGACGGUGAGAAGGGUCGUCUUUAUAAAGGGUAUAGAUUAGAUAUUAAUAAAGCAGUGGAAAGAAGAAAUAUGAAUAAGGCUUCAUCAAGGUCCAGUCCACCACGAAGAGAGCCAUAUGCCUACGGGGAUGGCCGAGAUGCCAGGCGCGACCGCUCCCCUCUUCGGGGGAGCCCACGGAGAGACCCCAGGGAUGGCAGGAACGGGCGAGAUGCCAGAGACGCUCGAGACAUUCGAGCUCGGGACAUGCGUGACACCAGAGACCACAGGGACCCGCGGGACCUGCGGGACCCGCGGGACAUCAGGGAUCCGAGGGACUUGCGGGACCCGCGUGAUGUUAGAGAUCUUCGCGACCCACGGGAGCCGCUGUACGACCGCUACAGGGAUCCGCGGGAUAUGAGAAACCCACGGGAUGUGAGGGAUCCGCGGGAUAUGAGGGACCCAAUGUACAGACGAGAUGAAGCUUACGACCGUUACCUGCGCAUUGAGGACUACUACAGGCGCAAGGACGACUCGUACUACGACCGCUACAAAGAGCAUUUUGACAGACCACCGGUGAAUUCAGAUGACCGCCUGAAGCGCGAGGAGCGGCGCCGGGAGGAGCUGUACCGUCAGUACUACGAGGAGAUCAAGAGACGUUUUGAUGCAGAGAGACCUGUGGAUUGUUCUGUGAUAGUGGUGAACAAACAGACAAAGGAGUACGCGGAGUCAGUGGGGCGGAAGGUGCGGGAUCUGGGCAUGGUAGUGGACCUGAUCUUCCUCAACACAGAGAUGUCACUGACGCAAGCCCUGGACGAUGUGAGCAGAGGAGGGUCUCCUUUUGCCAUUGUCAUCACCCAGCAGCAUCAAGUUCACCGCUCUUGCACUGUUAACAUCAUGUUUGGCACCCCACAAGAGCACCGCAACAUGCCCCAAGCUGACGCCAUGGUGCUUGUGGCCAGGAAUUACGAGCGCUACAAAACAGAGUCCCGGGAGAAGGAGCGAGAGGAGAUCGCCCGGCAGGCUGCCAAGAUGGCAGAUGAAGCUGUUCUGCAGGAGAGGGAGCGCCCACCCCCCUUGGAGGAGGGCGUCAGAGGAGGUCACCCUCCUGGGAUCCAGACUCUCCUCAACCUGCUGGCAGACAAUCGUUACCUGACUGCUGAGGAGAUGGAUAAAGUCAUUAAUUACCUGAGAGACCGGAAGGAGCGGUUACUGCGGGGCAGCACUGAGUCUCUGCAGGCACCCAUGUCGAGGCAGUCUUUGGGGGCACCUUCAGGAUCAUCUCUGGGUAGUCAGUCUAACCUUCCAAGCUCUCAGGCUCAUCAGGGUUCACAGCCUAUGGUGUCUGCUCCUCCUGUUCCAGUGUCCUCUUCUAAUCCUCAGCAGGAGCUUCAAGCAAAAAUCCUCAGUCUCUUUAACAGCGGUGCCGCCGCCGCAGCCGCUGCUGUGGCAAACAGCAGCCCUGCAGCCUCCGCGGGCUCUGCGGGCAGCACUCCGAACCAGAACUUUGCCAACCUGGCUGGUGGGCAGCCCCGGCCAGCACAGAUGAGUGCUGGAAGUUUAAACCAGGCUCAGCAGAGAUUGCAGACUCCAAGCACGCAGCUUCCUGCUCUCCAGGGCCCUUCAAGAAAUGCUGGUCCGAGACCUGGGGCUCCUCCACAGCCUCAGUCGCUCUAUGGUCAGCACCAAACCCGCCUCCCUGCGCCCGGCAACAUGCCCGCUCAAAGGCCAGUGUCUUCUGGUAUCAACUUUGACAACCCCAGUGUACAGAAAGCCUUGGACACCCUUAUCCAGAGUGGUCCUGCACUCUCCCACCUCGUGAGCCAAACCGUGGCCCAGGGGCGAGCAGGGUCUUCAGCCCAGCAACCAAUGGGCUCCUACCAGCGACACUAUUAG